AUGCCGUCCGGAUAUAAAAGCGGCAUCAGACUCGACCAGACAUUGGAAUCGUUUGUUGCAGUGGCUGUUGAAACUUUGACGAAAAUGACUUGCCGUACCGUCUGCUCUGACUAUGUCACCGAUCCAUGCGGAUUCUUCCCUGGCCACUCUUGGAUCACUUGUGGCAGCAACUUUGUGCCACCCUACGGUUGGAGCAACAGUGGUCCUUUUGCGCCCUACCGCUACGGCGGUGGCUAUGGUGGCUAUGGCCGUGGAUGCUGUUAG